AACCGAGCACGCUGGAAAAGUUUACAAUUAAAGUGAGUGAAAAUGAAUCAAAUCUUGUUGUUUGAACAGCAGGCGGAAGAGAAGAGACGUUCGAUGGAGAGGUACGAUUUCAAGAGGCCGAGAGAGAGCAAAACCGUUUUUAAAAACCCCUGGGAGAAGCCCUACGCACUGCUGGUGGCCAUAAGCGCUCGCCAAGUCGGCACUUUUGACGAACACUUCCCCAAUCGCAAGUUAUGGCGGAGGAAGGAACCUUCGGGAGCCGUGCCAGAGAGCAAAGCUGCGACACCUGAUCUAGAGCCACAGUUAUCCGAGAAGGAAAACGAGAACGUCUCGAAAGUUCGUGGGAGUUUGGAUGGUGGCGACAUGCCGCCCCGUCUCACAGAUCGAAUGUACUUUGUUCUUGACGUGGAGAUGGUACUCAACUUCGAGGAACCAAUGGACACUCGCAAAAAGUAUCUGGAGGAGCUCAGCAAAUUGGUCCUGCCCGGCACAGCUGGCAGCAUGCUUUACAUUCCGCAUAUCGUGAUAGAAGAGAUCGACAAUUUUAACAUGGAUCAAAUGUUGUACGCAACGAAGGUGCUCACAGCCGAGCGUGCACUUCAAUAUUUGAACAAAAAGCUUGAUAGCAGCUUCGAGAUCCAGGCCCAAUCGGAGGCGGAGGAGCAGGAUCAUCUCUUCCCAGUGUGCGGCCCUGAGGAUAGCAUCGUCAACAGCUGCCUGCAGCUCCAAGAGGAAGUGCCCAAUAUGAUGCUGAUCACCUAUAGUGCCAGUCUCCGCCGUGCGGCCAAAUCGAUGGGCAUUCACGUCUCAAGCUACCCAGCCCUGAGGGAACAAUAUCCUGAAGCGUUUGCCGCACUGGAAGAGAAACGCGAGCCCUUGCAGGAGCUGCAGGUGGUUGAGGAAAGAUCCCUAUACUAA